GGGGAUGAGGAGGUGGUGGCGGCGGCGCGCCAAGACGAUGCACUGGAGCUGAAAAGACGCCGGCACACGGCACCGCGGCCGAGCGCAGUCCCGACCCGCGGGAUGGCUCAGCCAGCCGGCCCGGCGGGCGGCGGGGAGCCGAGGGCGGCGGCGGGCGGCGAGGGGCCGCCAGUGCCCGGGGAGGCCGCAGGUGCGUCUGGGGGCUCGCAGGACGAGCUGAGCCUGGAGGAGAUCCUGCUGCUUUACAACCAGCCCAUCAACGAGGAGCAGGCAUGGGCCGUUUGCUACCAGUGCUGCGGUUCCCUGCGCGCCGCUGUCUCCGGCAGCUGCCAGCCCCGCCGCCGUGUACGCUCGGCCGCUCAGAUCCGCGUCUGGAGGGAUGGCGCCGUCACCCUGGCGCCCGCCGCCGGCGACGCUGAGGAGCCGACACUCGCUGCGGGUAAAUUGGGAUAUUCACAUUGUACAGAAACAGAGGUUAUUGAAUCAUUGGGAAUUAUUAUUUAUAAAGCAUUGGACUAUGGUUUGAAGGAGAAUGAAGAAAGGGAACUAAGUCCUCCCCUGGAACAGCUCAUUGAUCACAUGGCCAAUACGGUAGAAGCAGAUGGUAGCAAUGAUGAGGGUUAUGAGGCUGCAGAUGAAGGCCUGGAAGAUGAAGAUGAAAAGAAAAAAAUCUCAGCCAUCCGCUCAUAUAGAGAUGUCAUGAAGUUAUGUGCUGCUCAUCUCUCAACUGAAUCAGAGGCACCAAAUCACUAUCAGGCAGUAUGUCGUGCACUGUUUGCAGAAACAAUGGAGCUGCAUACAUUUCUAACUAAAAUUAAAAGUGCAAAGGAGAAUCUUAAGAAGAUUCAAGAAAUGGAAAAGAGCGAUGAAUCUAACACAGACCUGGAAGAGCUGAAAAACGCUGACUGGGCUCGAUUCUGGGUACAGGUGAUGAGGGAUUUGAGGAAUGGAGUAAAACUUAAAAAGGUCCAAGAGCGGCAGUACAACCCGUUGCCCAUUGAAUAUCAGCUCACUCCUUAUGAAAUGCUGAUGGAUGACAUUCGAUCCAAAAGAUACACUUUGCGAAAAGUGAUGGUGAAUGGUGAUAUUCCUCCUCGGUUAAAAAAAAGUGCUCAUGAAAUCAUUCUGGACUUCAUCAGAUCAAGACCUCCUUUAAAUCCAGCCUCUGCCAGAAAACUAAAACCCACUCCACCACGGCCACGGAGCCUCCAUGAAAGAAUACUAGAAGAAAUCAAAGCAGAAAGAAAGCUGCGGCCUGUCUCACCAGAAGAGAUUAGACGUAGCAGAUUAGAUGUAACUACCCCUGAAACUCCAAAGAACAUUGUAGAAUCAUUGGUGGUGAACGGAGGUUUUACAUCACAAAGAAAAGAAAAUGGGUUAAAUGCUGCACAGCAGGUGUCUGUCCAGCGGAAGAAGCUCCUCAAAGCUCCAACUCUGGCUGAGCUGGACAGCUCUGACUCUGAGGAAGAGACUCUGCACAAGUCAGCCAGCAGCAGCAGUGUGUCUCCCUCCUUCCUUGAAGAUCCCUUACUGGAGGCUGUGUCCACAAGGAAAACACCUCCAAAAUUCUUGCCCAUAUCAUCAACACCCCAGCCAGAGAGACGGCAGCCACCUCAGAGGCGACAUUCCAUUGAAAAGGAAACGCCUACUAAUGUGAGACAGUUUCUGCCACCAUCCAAGCAGAGCUCCCGGUCUCUUGUUCCUAGGAUAACCAGUGUAUGGCCAAGGACGCCUUUCCGACCACUUUUUUCUACCAUACAAACAGCUUCUCUGCUCAGCUCUCAUCCUUUUGAAGCAGCCAUGUUUGGGGUAGCAGGGGCUAUGUAUUAUCUAUGUGAGAGAGCUUUUACCAGCAGGUGGAAAUCCUCAAAGGAGGAAUUCUGCUAUCCAGUGGAAUGCCUAGCUCUUACUGUGGAGGAAGUGAUGCAUAUUCGUCAGGUCCUGGUGAAGGCAGAGCUGGAAAAGUACCAACAAUAUAAAGAUGUCUACACUGCCCUGAAAAAAGGAAAGCUUUGCUUUUGUUGCCGAACCAGGAGAUUUUCCUUCUUCACCUGGUCUUAUACCUGUCAGUUCUGUAAGAGGCCCGUGUGCUCACAGUGUUGCAAAAAGAUGCGGCUGCCAUCCAAACCAUACUCCACUCUUCCUAUCUUUUCAUUGGGACCUUCUGCCUCGCAAAGAGGGGAAAGUUCUGUGAGGCCAGAAAAACCCUCCACUAGCCACCAUCGACCACUUCGGAGCAUCGCCAGGUUCUCCUCAAAAUCUAAGUCUGUGGACAAAUCAGAUGAAGAACUACAGUUUCCCAAAGAGUUAAUGGAGGACUGGAGUACUAUGGAGGUGUGUGUAGACUGCAAAAAGUUUAUUUCGGAAAUCAUCAGUUCAAGCCGGCGUAGCCUGGUAUUGGCCAACAAGAGAGCCCGAUUAAAAAGGAAAACACAGUCUUUCUAUAUGUCCUCACCAGGCCCCUCGGAAUACUGCCCUUCAGAGAGGACUAUCAAUGAAAUCUGAGCCCUGUGCCUUUCAAUUGCUUUUGUGUUCAGAGUCAGCAUUAGUGAAGGACAACACUAGGCUGGACUGUCUCUCCUUGCUGUGGUUUUUGUUAAUAGGCUUGAUUUGCAUUAGAUCAGGUUUUUGCUGCAUCAAAUUGUUCCACAGACUGAAUGCUGUGUUCAUAUCAGUUGAUGAUAUGUGACAGGUCAGCCUAUUGCUCAUUUGCACUGAGAGGACAAUAGUUUGAAACUUACCUUUGUGUAUGUGUAGAUUUGGAGGCCAGAAGCUUUUUCCUUAGUUCAGUUCCUUACUGUUUCUCAAAUAAUUUUCUGACUAAGGCAAAAAAGCUUCUCGUGUGAGAAAUCAGCCUACAAAGGUGCAGAUGUUAGCACAGUUUUAAGCAGUAAGUCAUAUUGGCACUUCCACCUGACAGUGUUCCUAUCUAAUGUACAUAGUGAUCCAGAGCCCUGCCUCACACCAGAUACCUGGGGGUGGGGCCCAAGCUAUUUAUCAUCUCACAGCACAAAACCUAGAAGGACUUGCUCAUACUAUCAAACUGAUUUUUAACUUGUUGCUCUGAGAUAAAGACUUAAUGCCUACAUUUUAGUGCAAAACAUCUGAAUAAGCUGUACAUCCAAGCGGGUGACCAUUUCCUCUGAGCUACUGUGUUUGGCCUCGUGCAGUGGCCUGGUGCAGUGGAUCAGUAUCUCCUGAGUGGGCGCCAGGUUGUCACUCCCUAUCUUGCAUGUAUUAUGGUUACUUGUAGUUUUAUAAUGGAGGUCUAAGAAUUAAAGUUUUGUGGGAAUUUCGGGACAAAGGAAGACUAACCGUUUGUCAACAGGUUGAGUGUGUUUCAGUUAACUAUAUAAAGGGUUUUAACAGCAUAGGGUGCCAGCUAUUGCCCACGCUGUGGGGAAUGAGCUGGAACUCAUAUAUUUUCAAGUAUGUUUUUCAUAACUUUAUAAUCUAGCCAUCAUAACUAAAUCAGGCCACAAUUUAGUAGUUAAGGUCUCAAACUAAAAUAUAUUUAUUUUUAUAAAUGAAUUUUAAAAGAAAAAAUACUGUCUAGUUCUUUUAAAAUUACUAGAUAAUUAACCUGCUGAUAGUCUUUUGGAUGCUUUUUGCACAAGCUUUCCUUGUAAACAACUUGAGCAAGUAGGGUGGAUUUUUGCUAAAGGUAUGUUGGAGGAUAACACUGUAUACCUGAAACUUCUCAGCUUGUUUGGCCCAUACCAUGGACUACACUUUAUUACUUUGGUAUGCUUAGAAAUGACCAACCGAUCAAAUUGCCAUUAACAUUUGAAAAAUCAUUAAUGCACAUGCACAACAAUUUCCUAAAAACUAUAAGACACAUCUGUAGUCGACAAUAUGACAACACCACUUAAUACAAGGCAUGACAGUCACAUUUCAUACCAUAUCAAAAUAUAGUAACAUUUCCACAUUAAAUUAACAGUAAUACCUCAAAACUGCUCUGAUAGUGGUUUUUAAUGGACUGAAAUUUACAAUUUAGUAAAUGACUUAAAAUUACUAUGAAAUAAACUUUACCAAUUGACUAAAAUAA